GUUACUGUAUCAACUGUAUGUCAGUUUCUCAACGCAUCGCGACCAUUUCGAUGGCUAACGUCAGCCUAAAUCUCUUUGUUUUAUAACGCUGCAUAUAAACACACAGAUCUUCAUUAAAGUAACCACAAUUUAGUAGGCAAUAAUCAAGUUGCAUUUGUCAUAUAUUGAAUACGUAUAUUAUUAUACGAUAUUUAUCACAAGUGAUUCAUUCACAGUGAAGUGCGUACGCGUAUAAGUGGUGAAACAAUUUUGUGCGUUAUUUUUAGUAAAAAUAAUCAGAAUGCCUGCUAGUGCGGUUUAUCAGCCAACGACGGUGACUUAUGAACAGCAACCUAAUGAACAACGCUGGAAUUGCCCUAUCAGCUACUUCUCACGAAGGGUGACAAGUAGCUUGAACCGGGUAGUGUGCAUUCGACUGGCUCUGUGCCUCUUCGGCAGCACUUUGUUUAUCAUAGGUCUUGCACUUCUAAUAGCUGGUGGUGUUCAGUAUUCUAACUCGCCUGCAACGCCCACGCCACAAGACUCCGAUAACGGGUUCGGAGCCCUCAUCGCUGGCGGUGUUAUAUUGUGUCUCGGACUGCUAUUUGCAGGAGUAGGCGGAUGGGCUUGGUCGGCUCGUUGGGGAGGAGGCAAGGAGGCACCAUCUAGCGGUGCUGCUGCACUAACUGCGCUCAACCCAUCAACGGACCCGUUGGUUGCUGCUCAGUACGCGCCUGUUAGAGAUGCACCCCCCGCGCCCGAUGACGAAAUGCGAAACCUUAUGGACAACAAGGAAUGUUUGAGCAGUGCAGAAGAAAGUGACAAAAUGCUUGAUGGUCGACCGUCUGUGGCGUAAACAAAAGAUGAAAAAGUAAUACGUAUUCUUGUAAACAAAUUCUGAAACAUUAAUGUCCACCUGUAAAAAAUAUUUUCAAUCUCAAACGGACGAUUAUACUUAAAUUAUAUAAGAUAGAAUUUAUUUUUAUGACAAUCGCCUUUUUAAAUAAUAUAAAUAGGGAUUUAACCGGUUUUGUUUCGGUAAUGGAAACGAUAUCUUUCAAACAAAAAAGGACACCGACUUCAGGUAUAUUAUUUAAUAUAUCUAUAUUUAGUUGAAUUGCAUUUUACGGUACAAAUUAUAUGCGGCAGUUUUAUAUGUGUGAUAUUUUAUUUACAUUUUAUUUUUAUUUUUGACUUAAUUUCUAAGCUGCACGUGUAGGACCCGACUUAUGUUUGAAAAAACAACAAGACAAUUUUUAUGUACAUAUUGUCUAUGUCGUAUGUAUUUUUUGUAAAGUGUUCAAUUUAGAACUAUAAUGUAAUUCUAUUUAAUUGUAGAAUUAUAAAUUACAGAUAUAUUUUCUUGAUGUUAUACACAUGAUCAAUAUUCAUACAAUAUAGUUUUGGUAGAUGAUAAUGGUAAUUUAGAAGACAUGUGGCCAAAUUAUCGUCCAGUUUUAAAAUUAGAUAUAAUGUCCAUAUAUAAACGUUUUUCAAUAAUAAAGUUGUUUAAUGGCAUUGAAUUGUAGAAUAUGUAUUUUCGAUAUUUCAAAUCUAAAAUGUCGCCUACAUUAUUGUUUAUGUACAAAAUGUACAUUUCAAUAGAAUAUGUACAUAUUUAAGAAUAGGCAACACUGUCGCAAAAUAUUUUCAUAGCUAUGUACCGGUUUUUAUUUGUUAUUGAUGUUUAGCAUUCAUUAAAAUUCAUAAAAAAACCUCAACUGAAAUAUGAAUGUGAAAUUUUGGACGAUUCUCUUUGUUCAUUUCGUACAAACUACUGAUUACUCUGUAUUCACAUAUGUUAUAAUAAUUUUACAUUGUAACACUCUUCCUAAUCGUAGAUUUUAAAUUUUCUAUAGAAAAUAAUAUUAUUAAAACUGUAACAAUUUCGAUAUAGUUAGUUAAUCAUCACAAUUUUCAACUUAUAUCUUUAUAUGUAUUUGUCAUCAAAUAACAGUUAUUUACUUAUGUAACACAUAGGUACGUAAUACGAUAUUCAACUUUCGAGAGUGGCAUCACUUAUAUGAAAAAAAAAACAAAAACAUAAAACACAGUGUAAACAAAUUGAAAGUAUUAAGAAUAUACAUUAAUAGUUUUCAUGUAUAAUAUUUUUAUUAAUUCAACUUUUUUUUGUACAAUAUAUAUUUUAUGAUUUAUGAAAAUAAUCAACGUAUUUAAUACGAUCGAAAACAAUUAUGCCUAUUCCCUAAUUACCUUUUAUUUACAAUCUGUUGAGGUUAUUAAUAUUUAUUUAUAAAAAAAAUAAUUAAAAUACCCUUAUUGGAAUUAGCUUAAGUUUAGUCUUUUUUUUAUAAUUCAUACUAUAAAUGUUGUGUUAGUUUUGUGUUGAGACCGUCCUGAUUAGUUGUUAAGUGUAGGUUGUUUAUGUCAAAUCGCGACAUUUCGAAUACAGAUAAAAAAAAAUGUCUAUACGAAUACCAUUUUGUUCAAACGUGUGAUAAAUUUCAUGAUGCCUUUGUCUCUGUUCAACAAUAUACGACUCGGUAUUGAUGGACUGUACCUAUAGCAUUUAAUUUAAAACAUAGGGUAAUAUAAUUGAUAUUAAUUGUACUUUAGGCUCUCUGCAAUAUUCAAAUAUAUUAUUUCGAAUUACAAUAAAACAAUGAAAAAUACAGAUUAAAAUCAUUACGAAUGUAUAUAAAAAAAAAUUAGCUAAGCGAAUCACAAGUUAGCCAUAUAAGCAUACUAUAUUUUAAUAAUCAAGUUAAUAUUAACUGUUUAUGUAUUAUCUCUUUACAAUUUUAUUUUAUUUUUGUUUGAGGUGCAAAUGAGAUUUUUAUGGUGUAUCGAACGAUGUUAACUUAUACUUAUUUUUAGUACUUAAAAGUACAUAAAUUAUUUUACAAUAUUUAUGUGUACUUAAUAUCUCCAAUCUCCAUUUAAAUAAAUGUAUAAGAUUUAAA